AUGUGUCAGUUGAAGGUUGUUGUCAAUCGGAACUGGGGACAUUUAGCUCCUGGUUGGCUCCCUGAUGUACCGGACCUCUCAACGCCUGCUUCGCUUCUCAUAUGCCACAGCUAUGACUCCUCAAAGGGUCGCUUGGCUCCAAUGCGAACCGAGGCAUAUCUCGCGAGAGCCUGCUUUAAAAUUCAGACCUUUUCUCUCCUUUUGGCCACCGCCGUGUGGCAAAUGCCUCUUAAAACCGUUAUCGUGGGAACCGGUAUCGCUGGCCUCGGAACAGCAAUCGCACUCAAAGACAAAGGCCACAUUGUUACCGUCGUCGAAGCUACCUCGCAACUCCAAUCUAUUGGAGGGAUUAUCACCAUCCAAGCGAACGCCAACCGCAUUCUGGAUAGCUGGGGCGUAUAUGAGGUUUUAUUGACAAUCUGUGCCGCCUCACUAUUCGCGCCAUGCGCGAGGAGAUAUAAGGACGGGGAGUUCAUCAUCAAAAGGCCUCCGGAAUUAUAUAAGAAGGAGUAUGGGUAUCCGCUCUUGCACGUCCAUAGGGCCGAUUUGCAGCAAGUUCUCUAUAAAGCUGCUGUGGAGCGAGGGAUUACCUUGAGACUUGGUUGUCCGGUCGUUGUUAUUGAAGAUGAAGAUGAAGAAAAUGUGGCUGUUGUGAUUGAAGGUGGAGAGAGAAUAGAAGCAGAUGUGAUUGUGGGAGCAGACGGAGACAAAUGGCUCUUAGGGCUUGAUUGUUCUCACCCGAGAGAUGUAAAUUCAGCGGAAGGAGUGGGAGAAAGUAGGAAGCAAAAUAUGAAGCUGUUCAAAGAGCACUUUAAAGAUUUUUGUUCCGGCAAUCCAGAAAGUACUGUCGUACGCAAAGGAAGCAUAUGUUUGGAGGAUAAUAGAAACUACACCACCAUCUUGGCCCAUGCUAUUCUUCCAUUCGUUGGACAAGGAGGGGGCAUGGCACUCGAGGAUGCCGCAACUCUGGCAGAAUGUCUGGAGCGAGCUAAGACAGCUGAAGAUGUUUCGAAGGUACUCAAAGCAUUUCAAGAGAUUCGAGAGCCGUGUUGCAAGCUGGUUCAAGAAUGGAGUAUAAUGAAGGGCAAACGAGCAACGCUUCCUGAUGGACCUGAGCAAGAGAAGCGUGAUGAAAAAUUGAAGUCAUUUAACGCUUGGGUCAAAGCGAAGCCUUGGGAUAAAGCUCAUAUCCAUGAACUCCCAGAGCUUGAAUCUCUAAAUUGGAAGGCAUGGUUGAUCGGGCAUGAUGCCGUGGGUUUUGCAAAUCGAGAACUGGAUAAACGAUUCGGAUCCCAUAACUAG